CCUCGGGUUACUCGCUAUCGAGCCCCUAGCUACGGGCAUAGGCUGUGGUCCAGCGGGCGCCCCAUAUCUGUUUUCUUGAUGAAGUUGUUGCUGAGCUGUUGCUGCUUCCCACUGGGCCCUUGCCCGUGCUGAUGAUGGGCCUGCAGCUUCUGGACUUCGAGGAUUGUUGGAUGGGGCUGCUCGUCUGGGCGAUGCUGGGGGCAAGUUUACGGCUUCGUUUAGCUCCAUGAGUAACGAUGCAGGUACCUCGUUGUCACCGUCGUCGUCCUGCUGGUGCCAUCGCGGCGAGGGUCCGCCGGGACUUUGAACCUGCUUCCUUAGUGUCUUAGCCCUUCCUUUGCCCUUUGGGUCCAGAGCUGCACUUUCUAUUGUCAUGCGGCUAUCGCCAACAUCGAGUCCUUCGGGAUGAAAAUCGUCAUCAAAUCGAUGGCCAAGGUUCUCUUCGUCGAUGCCGGGAUCGUACUCGUCAUCAUCCCCAGAACGUAGCUGUUCGUAAAACGAUCGUGACCCUCUUGCGGGGAAAUUCGAUCGGGAGAAUAAUUUCGAGGACAUAUCGAAUUCUGUCGAUGAAUCAAGCAUAAAGAUCGGCGGGCAUGUUGGUUCGGGGUCGAGGCUCGAAGUCGAUUAAUGAUGUUGAUGCUGGGUUGUUGUCUUGCCGUAAAUGCGAGACGAGCAGGGGUUGCUUCCACCUUGACAAUGAAAUAAUUGGACUUGGACUUUGUUGAACUUAGGGAUCCAGGAAUUAUGAUGAACGUAACUUUAUUCGCUGAAUGUCAGUGAAAUAUGGAGGAUAGGUAACCCAAGGUCACGAGGGGACGUUGAUCACGAUAAGCGUGACCCGAGGCACAUGCCUACUCCAAGCAAGGGGACGGUCCGGUGUGACAGAGUCUAAUCAAAUGGGAGUUGGAGACCACAAAGAAACCCUGCGCCUCGGACCUGAAAUAAAAGUGAAUAAAUCACUCGCAGGUUGAUGGAUAGACAGACAGUUUAAUGCUCCAGGCAUCACCAGCCGCUGGUAUGACGCUACAGAGCGGUGUGCGAUUCUGCCAGACAAAUACCGAUAAGACCCAAUGAAUGGUUGCACACCGCCUUCCUCUUCCAUGCACCCUUUACGACACCUGGCACUCUACAUGAUCGUCCUUGUCUUAUACGGAGUAUCUGUAUAGGGAUCGCUCAUGAUCGCUGUUGGUUUUAGAAUCCAAAUUAACAGAUUUACUUAGGCGCUCCAUCGAGCUUGAUCGAUUAAUGGGCUUGCGCGGAAUAAGUUAAAGUUUGCUGCCUGCAACAACUCGACUGAGCAGCAUUACUGCUGUUUGAUUACAAUAUGGCACCUACAGAUCGCUCAUUGUCAUUGAAGAGCCUGCCUAUGAGAGAUGCCUCUGUUUCAGGACUCCUUGCUCCAGAUGGCUAUCCACAAACUCCCUCAACACCAAGAGGGAUCACUCCACUCAUAUCCAAAGUAACCAGUGUCCUUUCAACGACUCAUUCUGAUACUGAGUUUCGAGACGCUCUCGCUCUUCUUGAUGAACGUGGAAUCCAAAACGAUGCCGAAACUCGUCGGCGUGUUCGACUAGACCUACAAAAAGAAGUCAUUGACAGUAAUGGAGAAGUUAUUGCCGAAUUUGGGCGGGUUGCAGAGCAACUUCGGCGUAUCAAAACAACUAUUGACAAGCUUAACAAUGGUUACGCGGACAUGAAAAGUCAAGUUGUCGAAGCUCAUAGGCAGACAUUGCCAGCACUCUCCGAGGCAUCCUCUCUCCUGGAGCAAAAGAGACAGGUUGAGGUGAAGCAAGAGCUUCUCGGUGCUUUCAAGAAGCAUUUUGUCAUGUCGGAGAAUGAGGUUGCCGCACUUACUCAAACAGCUGAGCCAGUAGAUGACCGCUUCUUCGAUGCCUUGAGCAAAGCGAAAAAGAUCAGCAAAGAUUGUGAGAUCCUGCUUGGAUUCGAGAAACAGACUUUGGGUCUAGAACUGAUGGAGCAAACGUCGAAGAACAUCAAUCUUGGUUUCCAAAAGCUUUACAAAUGGAUACAGCGAGAGUUCAAGACAUUGAAUCUCGAAAAUCCACAGAUGAACUCAUCAAUUCGCCGGGCAUUGCGAGUUCUUGCCGAAAGGCCGUCACUGUUCCAGAACUGCCUAGACUUUUUCUCCGAGGCUCGAGAACGAAUCCUUUCAGACUCGUUCUAUGUCGCUUUGACAGGUGCCUCGCCCUCUGGUACUGAAGAUCCCUCUGUCAAGCCCAUCGACAUGCUGGCACAUGAUCCGCUACGCUACGUGGGUGACAUGCUAGCUUGGAUUCAUUCAGCCACUGUCAGUGAACGUGAGGCAUUGGAGGUUUUGUUUGUCGCAGAGGGGGAGGAACUUGCCAAGGGUUUCAAAUCUGGCCGAGACGCAGAGAUCUGGCGCCUCAUUGCAGAGGACGAUGAGGCUGAGGCUGACUUUAAUGCGCUCAAGGCACUGAACGACCUAGUCGACCGCGAUAUCUCUGGAGCGGCCCGCGUGCUUCGCCAAAGGAUGGAGCAGGUGAUCCAAGCCAACGAAGACACCAUACCCGCCUAUAAACUCGCAAAUCUGAUCAAUUUCUACCGGAUCACUUUCCAAAAAACGCUCGGUCCCAACUCCAACUUGGUAGAGUUGAUUGGAGGCCUGGAAACAGAGGCCUUACGCCAGUUCCGAGCACUUGUCAGAGAUCACAUUGCAACUCUACAGGGAGAAUUCCAGCACGCUCCAUUAGACCUUGGCCCACCUGCAUUUUUACAAGAUUCGCUCAAACAACUUAAGGCCAUCAGCAAAACUUACGACUCCUCCUUAUCGACCUCGGAGGAUCGCGAGAGCGAGUUCGAGAAUGUGCUUUUGGAAGCCUUUGAACCAUUCAUGUCCGGUUGUGAAAACAUGGCUAAGAACAUGAAUGCCCAGAACGGUGCGAUCUUCCUGAUUAAUUGUAUAUCUUCUGCGAUAGCAUGUCUAGAGCCGUUCGAGUUCACGCAACGUCGAACUAAACGACUGCGAGAGAAGUCAGAUGAUGCGGCUAAAGGACUCAUUACAAGUCAAUACCAAUUCCUUCGAAAGGGGUCAGGGUUAGAUGCAAUUUUCACGAAGCUGGAGGAGGAUGACGACAAGAACGCUUCCUUGCUGGACGAGAAAGAGCUCGCUCAAGCAAGCCAGACAUUGGAUGACUUUCUGCCAUCAGCACUCAUGGACGCUAUGGAUAAUCUGAAGCACCUGCAGGAUUCGAAGUUGGCUCGACAAAUUACUGAGGAGGCAGCAGAACAGUUCUGCAAUGACUUUGAACAGCUAGAAGAGGUUAUAACUGAGGGGGAUGAUGAAUCUGUUGAUUCAGAAGAGGACGAAGGUCUACGGUCGGUUUUCCCUAGAACAACUGCCGAGAUUCGUGUAUUGCUUUCAUAGAUAAAGGGGCGAUAUAGAUGGCCCAGGAGUAAGCAUGUAGAGAAGCUAGACAUACAACUGAGCAGAAGUGCAAAAUUAUAUAAGUACCUAAUAACUCGCGUACUCUAUCAGAUUACUUUAUCCGCAAACGGCUGGAUCAUAAUUUAACGAUUGGC